AUGGAGGCGCCGCCGCCCUUGUCUCUGCGCCUUGCUUCUUCCUCCUCUCUGCGGGCUUCUCCCGUCUCCGUCCGUCUCGGAGUUGGGCAUGCCGUGAAACGCUAUUCUCGUCUAAGACCUCUAAGGAGGCGCUUUUGCUGUCGAGCUGCUUCAAGUGAGAGCCCUUUUCCCUUUCGUAGUAGGAGAUGUAGAUUACUGUUAGGAUGCUGCCUUCGAUAUCUAGUCGUAAGCGACCGAGCUGAGCUUCCUCUCUGCUUCUGUUGGGAUAAUGUUUCAGCUGUCACGCUGCUUGACUACGGCGCCGGGAACGUGCGGAGCCUGCGCAAUGCGAUUCACCAUCUUGGGUUCGAUAUCAAAGACGUGAGAUUUUCUUACCUCUGAAGACUCUUACUUGAUAGAUCAACUUCGGCGACUCUCUUCUUGUAUCAGCCCCGUACUUUGGAUUUCCGUCCCCUCAAGUACAACCCACCGUAGGCGUUUGAACGUCGUCUUCGUAAGCAUCGAAGCAAAGUUCGGUUGCCCAGGAUGAAAGGAGAAUAUGUGAAUAAAAAAAAACAGGGUAGAUGAUUGAAUCGGUGGUGAUUUUUUUUCUCUCUACAACUACCUAGGUUUUCCUUGAGUUGCGAGAAAAGUCAACUCCCCGUCUGGUGAACCUUUUACUAUGUUGAGUAUUGCACCCGCAUUCACAAGUUUAUUCGGUGAAGAUGCAAGCAAAAAUUAGAUUCCGAAAUAUUGCUGCUAGCAUUUUCUCUUUUCCUAGCCAGCAUUUACAUUACGGCGCAGCCAAAGAAACUUAGCAAGUACAAAAAUUGUCAAUUCCAAACAACCUUUGAAAAUUGGGAGAUUAUGCCCUUAAACAAGAGGAUGAGACUUCCUUCCUACAUGAGCGUGAAACAGAAAGAACCAUGAUAAUACUGCUAAUAACACAAUCUUUAAUUGACCACAUGCAUGCAUACUGUUUUCUAUCAAUGCCUUUUGCAUACUCUUGGUCGGUAACUUUGUUGAUAGUUUUCACGAGGGAGGUACAUCAGUUACAUUUCUAAAUGAAAACCAAUUUUUUCUGCAUUUCUUCAAUAUUGAAGGGGCCAGACCACAUUGUAAAGUCACCUUUUGUGGGGCCUAAAUUACGUCAAGUAAAGUUCAACAUUUAACUUUCAACAUUAGAUACCUUGCUGUUGCUUGCUUUGCAGAGUCAUUUAAGAAACAAAACUGCAGAUUUGACUGAGCUGAAGUUACUGGAGUUUCCCACUUUUUAUUCCUUGCAGGUGAAAACGCCAGAAGAUAUUCUCAGUGCUGAUUGCCUUCUCUUUCCUGGGGUUGGUGCAUUUGCGCAAGCAAUGGAGGUCUUGAAUCAGAAUAGGUAAGCAUCUGUUUCUGAUUUCAAAGUUUGUCCUUGCGAGAAAACCAGUGAUAACUAGGUUCUCACCUAAACAGAUAUACAAUUUUUUUGCAGAUAAUGUAGAGACACGUGAAUGAAAUGAACUAUGCCAUUUGCCAUCUUUUUUAUGAGACCUAAUAAACGUUUUCAUAUGCUUGUUCCUGUGUGAUAUUUUCAUCUCCCAUGAUAUUUGUUAUCUUAUUGUGAAAUACCAGCCUCUAUGUAGAAAAUCUUUGGAGGAUCCCUUGAGGGAAAUGACUAGUUCUUCAUGCAUAGCAACCCUUGGGGCUAAGAAGUUUCCUUUUAUGUUGUCAAUGACCCACCACCCAAACCUGCACUCACACCUCGUUUUGAUGCCGCGAAACUAGUUUUCAUGGAGUUAAGGCAUAAGACACAAGGCACAAGUUUUGAGCACUGUUCUAUGGCAAGGCCAUCUUGUACACACGAUUGGCUUUUAAUUAAAUCGCCUUUUGUAUAAAAGAAUUUGAUCGAUAAAUUAAGAUGAAAGUAUGAGGAAGAGGGAGAAAGAAAAAAUGCAAGACAGGCCUAGAGUUGAUGUGCAACAGUGGAGAGAACUUUUUCACGCCCAUACCAUAUGCUAAAGGAUGCCAUAUUUGGGAUCAAAACAAAGUAGGAGAGUGUGCUCCAGGGAUCCAUAGGGCCCACUAUAUCAAGUAAUUCAAACAUUACGUCAGGAAAGAGUAUGGAAAAAUUACUUCACCAGUGUGCACAUAAAAAAGGCAUCUUCAACGUUCCUCUAGUCAAGUGUAAAUACCAUGGAUACGUAGGUUGUUGAAAACUAAAUUGAAGUGAUCCUUGGGAUGCAUCUACAACUUGGUCUCUCUAGCAAAUGUAUGGAAUAUGGAGUUCUCUGGAAUCCAAUUUCCAUUUCAUAAAUUGUUAGUCUCUCUCACUGUGCUUAGGGUCUAGGCAGGUGCAAUAUAGUAUCAUAGAUAUUUUAUCGAUGUAGCAUCUUGUCUAUGCAGUAUUAGUGUACCCCUCAAUAUAUGACUGUCAUGUCUUAGGGAAGGCUAUUCAUUUACCAAGGAUUGGCUUGAUAUACCGAAGGAGUUCAUUCUAUCCUUUAGUGAGCAGACAAAUUGGCCCACUAUUAUCUGAUAUACCUAUAUGUGAGUGUUGGAGAGAAGUUCAUCUUUCUUUCCCCUAUAGACCAUGGUUCAGUUUAAUAAGAGUCGUAGUGGAUUUUCACCCUUGUUUUCGAAUGUUCUCAGAAGAUCUUAAACAUGUAUAGAUUUCAUCACAAGGUUUAGUUUCUUCAAUACCUUUAAAAUGCUUUUGAUUUUAAAGAUAAUUGAAAUCAAACUCAAAAAGUUCGAUUUCAAUAGAUUAAUCUCGUCAGUAUCAUCACUUGUUUUCUCCAUAUCAUCAAGGUAAACUAUUAAGAUAUGUUUUGUCUUAUUUUCUCGUUUAUAAAGAAAAUAAAAGAGAAACCCAAUGAGGCCACCUUUAUUAAGAUAUAUCUUGUCAGCUGUCCUGUCUUCCUUUCCUUUGUUAAUCUGUUAGCCUUCUUUGCAAUGUAUUUCACCCUGUAAUCAUUUUCUUGGCGAUUUUCCCUACCAGAAUGAUCUCACACAAGUUUGCCCUUUCCUUUGUCCCUUUGUGUUCCCAUAGGUGACGUGCCUUGAGAGGUGACAGUGUCGUUGAUUUAGGAUUACAUAUUUUACUGACCAACAGCCUCUCGGUGCAAAGGCGACCUUUGCUGAGAGCCCUUUGCAAAAUGACACCAAACAAGGUCGCACAGAGCCAAGCAAUAUAGUGUGAAACCACACAAAAUACCUGGAGACAAGCAAUGCGUUUAGAAGCCAUGGCAGAGCCUCAUGAUGCAUCCCAAUGCACUAUAAGCUCUCACAAUGCCAAACAGCGUUUCCUGAUAGUAUAAAUCCACAUAUUUCCUUUUGAUGGGGAUGCCAUACAGGAAAAACCACCAGCUUAGUGCAAGCAGGCAACCUGGUAGAUCUUAUAGGCAAAAGAGAGGAACAGAUCUCCAUCGGAGGUGUGGAGACCGUAAAGGAAGUGUGGUCCUGUGAACAUGUUCUGAUAGAGGGAGGUCGGUGCACUAUGGCGUGCCAGACAGACUUUCAUGGAGAAAUGUAGCAAAAAGGAAAAAUGCACCAGAAACCCAAAGGUCGGUUCACUAUGGCGUAGAGGAAGGUUUUUCAUAUUCACACUAGCACCCAAGGGGUGUCACAUUAAGUAUUAGAGGUUCCGAUUCAGGAUCUAAUAGGUCUAUCAAUAGCCUGUGAAAGAAUAACAGAAAAGGGUAUCAGCAUCUUCAACCUCAGUUCAACGUAUUGUUCCAAUCCAGAUUGGAAAAGGCCUCCAGACUUAUUGUGGAGGAGGUCGCUAUUUAGGCUUCUAUAGAUUAUCGAAGGACAAACGAGUGCCCUUGAAUUGGCAAAACUGGAUGGCUGAUAUAGAACUUUAAUGUGCAAAUCCAAUCCUUUCUCUAUCUUCUAAUAUCCCACCAUUUUUAUAAUUGGUGAAGCUAAGGUCAUCCACUUGAUUUGUCUAUCACGAAGGCUGCAGGCAUUGUUGAACUUGUGGUUUGAUAGAUUUCUUUGAUUCACAUAGGAUUUAAGCUUCUGACCUUAUUACGGAGCUCCUGUCUCAAUGUACAUUCCAUGUUAUUGACAGAUAUCCCACAAAUAACCCGGAAUUUGUAGAUCUGGAUUCUUUCAUGUUUAACCUUGAUGAGCCAAAUCCUCUUGGAUUAACCAUAAUGAGGAGAAUUAUCUCCGCCAAAAUCUUCAUGUUAUUAGGUUUGACUUCCUUUUUUUCUCAUUCAUAUAUCUCAGUUUAGUUUAAAUUAAUCUUCUUUCAAACCAUAAACAGAAAUUUAUAACGUUUUUUGUUAAAGAUAAGUUGAAUCCAGGUUAUUUUUUUAUUGAAUAAAUUCCUACAGAAGAAAGUGGUUUAUAAUAAAAAUAAUUAAUGAAAGUUCGAAUUCAUUAUAAUGUCUAGCUUUUGAAUUAUAGCUCAUGCGUUAUGUUUAUCAGAAUUUGAUGAGUUCUUUACGUUGUUAGAUAAGUCAAAUCUCGUUUCGCAUGGAUCUAUUUUCCACAGGAUGACUGAAGCUCUUUGUACAUAUAUAGAGAAAGAUCGUCCGUUUCUAGGUAUCUGCCUUGGGCUGCAGCUGCUUUUUGAAUCCAGCCAGGAGAAUGGUCCAAGUAAGAUACGAAUGUAUUUGUAUCAUUUUUUUCUCUGCUGGAUGCUGAACCAUUUGGCUGUAAUCUGGUGGGUGUUUGGGGUGACUAGGAUCUCGGUCCAUUGAGCAAGAACUUUGAUCUCUAUUUUAGUUUCAUAGUUUUUCCCAUAACUUAGUCGUAGGACUGUCUUUCUCAUAAUUAGUUUUAUUUCAUUUUUUUGUUUUUUAGGCAUUUAGGAUCCUGUAAAUGGGAAAUUUAUUAGGUCUCCCAUUAUUCAUGAACAACACCCGCAUGCUACUACUUUGAAUGCUUGGCUUAAAAGUUUCAGUCAUCUUUUCUGGGUUAGUUACUCAUUGCUUAAGAUAAUUGUGGUGAAGGGAAAUAAACAGGUGCAUUUAACACUUUCGAAGGAAGAAGUAAUUUAGAACAUUAUUUACACACAUAUGUUGGACACAAUGAGAGUCAAACAUAGUCUGAGGAUUUUAUUUUCCUCCAUUUACUAAGCCUUUCCAUUUUAAUUGGCUAACCCUUCCUCACGAAUUUGUGCAAAGUAAAGAAAGGGUAUAGAAAGUUUGUGCACUCAGGGUUGCUGUUAAGUUGUGUUAUAGCCCUUGGGAAAGAAAAGGGCAUUGAAGGUGGGAGAAGGAGAUGGACCUUUUUCAGGAAAUCUAUUAGGACAUGUGAACUUGGAACGCUAGAAGAGGAAACAAGGCCUGAGAAGUGAAUCCCAAAAGGCCCAGAAAGGAUGAAAUGUGGACGGCCCAAAACGUAGCGGUGCAUUCCUAGUUUCUCUCUUUUUUUUUUUUUCAUGUUCCAUUUUCUAAGAAAAAGCUAACGGUAGUUCCUAGUUGUACAUUUAACAGUGGCUAAUCUAAUAUAAGCUUCUCUUGUUUAAUGAAGGGAUACCGUAGAAGGGCCCCGUUAUCAGCUUGUCAUUAUUUUUUAUCUCAUUGCCUCCUUGCAGAUUCAUAGUACCUCUUUUUCAUUCCUCAUGACUUCAAGUCUCUUUGUUACUCUUUGGCCUACCCGAAAUCAGAAGACGUGAUAUUUCUUUGUCACUAGAAAAUGUAUAUGGUUCAGCUUUCAGGUGAACACAAUUGGUUGGAUAGACGUCUGGUUUCUACUGGCUACAUGCAGGCAUCUAAAAGAGCUGAAGCUUCAGUUCGUGCCAGACUUAUAUCUAAUCUAUGGCCUACUGAUAAUAAUUCGAAUUAGCUUGCCUGAAGAUCCAAGAGCUCUUGAGGAAAAAUGUUCAGUAAAAGUGUUGGGAGGAAGCCCCAAAAGUAGUCACCAUUUUUGAUUUUUCUGUCGAAAGUUGGAUAGAUAAGAAGGAAAAUGAGAGAGUGGAACUAAAUGGAAGUUGGAGAAGCUAAAAACAAGGGAAUAAAGUUGGUCACUCUAUAUUGGUUGCUUUACAGAAUAUGAACAAAUAAAACGAAGAUGAGAUGUAAAGGGCAGAAAUCCAACAGAACGUUCUCUCUAAGAUUAAGGAUGCAGCUGACCAUUCUCCACAGAAGUCAAACAGAUGUCAGUAUGUUUUUCUUAGGAUUUCUAACACUUUUUGGGAAAUAAUGAAACAUGAACUUCUGGAUUUUGUAUCGGAAUUCCUGGAGAAACUAUUUUACAUCAGAUAUUUUAAUGCCGCUUUAGUGUUAGGUCAGCAAAAAAUAAGGGAUGUAGAUAUUAGUUUAUUGAAUGGUAUCUAAUUUGAAUUAAGACAUUGAUUAGUUAGAGAGUGUCAUGAAUAGAAAAAACCUUAGGUGUUAUGAACAGAAAAACCCUAGAAUGCCAUGAAUAGAAAAAACCUAGGUCUUGUGAAGAGAAAAACUCUAAGCGUUGUGAACAGUGGAGGAAAAUAUAUUGUCAAUCAUUAACCCUGGUUUAGGUCUGGUUUAUAUACCAGACUCUAGUAAAAAAGUGAACCUGACCGCCCAACAUUGAACCCGUCUAACAAAAAUCAAUUCGUUCCCACACUCCCCUUCCAGCUGGUGAAUAGAUAUUCUCCAAUCCCAAAUUGGAUGCAAGACUAUGAAUUUUUGGGCUACUCAAGCCUAAGUACAUCCUCAAGUUGACUGUGUAGUCACAUAAGGUCUGCAAGCCCCCCUCUCUCCACCUUUUUUUUUGGUUAAGUGUUUGUCAAUUACGAUGUGUUUUGUUUGAUCAUAUUGUAUUAGAUUAUGAUCUAUGUUGAUUGCAGACUUGUUGUCACAAGAAAGUCUCAUUAGGUCAUCCCACUUAAUUUUUGGGUCUUCUAAUAUGAUCUUCAACCAAAGUGGUUCACAUAGACCAGGAGUCAUUUCUUGGAAUUCAACUUCUGUACAUAGUCAUGCUACCACAUCCUGUUUCUUAUACAGAGGUAGAUCUCUUGUCAACCACUGACCCUGAAUAAUCAGCAUGUGUAUGCCUCAAGUACUAAUCUUCCAUUUCUCCUCAACGUAAUAUAUUAUCUUGGUGUCCCUUUGAGAUAUUAUAAUGCUCAGUGAGCUGCCUGCUUGUAGAUUUCAUUUGGAUCAUCCAUGAACUAGCAAAUUGUUGGCGGGAUGUGUCUGGUAUAUUCCGAGUUAUGUGACUGUGUCUAGAACCUUCCGGGGUCUAGAACACCCUCUUUGAAAUGUAAUUUUUGGUGUGUGUCCCUUUCGAAUAAGGUAAUACUUUUCUCCAGGGGUUCUGGUGUCACUAUUCAGCGCACCAGACCUGAUUUUAUCUCCAAAGCUAAUCGCACACACUGCAUAUGCUAUAUAUGAUCAUGUAGAACCAGGAGAGUUGGGAGUGAAUAAUGCUCGAAUCACAGGAGGAGAAUGCACAAACCCAAUGUUGUCCACCUCUUUGUGAAGGCGCCCUGUGAUGGAGGUGUCUUGAGCCAACAGAACUUUCUAAUCAGACCUGGAACUCUGAUACCAUGUUGUGAAUAGAAAAAACAGUGGUGUCAUGAACAGAAAAACCCUAGGCAUUAUGAAAGUAGAGGAAAAUUGUCAGUCACUGUCUGGUUUGGGGUUGGGUCUGGUUUAUAUACCAGGCCCUAGUACAACAGUGAACCGGCCCGGUCCAACAGUGAACCGGUCUAACAAAAACCGGUCCAUUCCCACACAGAGUAAUGGGGAACCUUGCGGGAAUCAAUCUGCAUUUAUUUAGACGAAAUAUAGAUCUAUAAAUUAGAGAAGUUUGUACCCGCCUGAGGCAAUCCUUGGUCAAACAGUCAGAGGUAAAACUUGUUUUAAAAACUGACUUCAGCAUACUUUUUUGUGGCGGUGAACAUGGCAGUGACUAGCUAAAUCCCAAGGCAUUAUAUGACACCUUUCUUAAAGUAUUUAAAGCAACUAAGUGUAACACAUUUGUAAAAUUUGGAUAAAACACUAGCUGUUGUGCAACCAUAGAAAGAGCUAUUCAGAGAACAUUCGUUAAAACGCUGUACAUAGUAAUAUGACUAAUAAAUUGUGUUUCCGCCAAGAUGUGACUAGCUGUUGUGUCACUCGCUUAGUAUACAUAAACCCUAGUGCGUUUGCUAAUGCUGUCUUGAUGGCCUAAAGCUGGUGUCUCAUGCCAGAUCGUCUGGGGAGCACUUUUUUGGGUUCCUCCCCCAGACGUCAUAGGGGUCUUGGGUAUCUGGGUGACCUAGACAACGCCCUAAAAAUCAUAAUUUGGGAUAACUCAUGGCUGUGCUAUAGUUUAGAAUCUAUAUUGGUCGAUAAUGAUCUGCACUAGUAUCAUUUGAAUUUAUUGGCUAGAAGCCCUGAAGUUCAGUAGGUUUGGGGUUGCCCAGUGAUGACAACUGCAACUGUAUCAGUCCAUUCAACACCUGGCCUUCCUGUCUUGAAGAAACGUUGCUGAACCUUUGUUAUCUCUUUCGUUACAAUUUUUCAUAAGGUGGAAACAAUGGGGACUUCUUUCUCAUACAUGCUUUAUUCAUCAUUCGAAUGCAAUAGUUCAUUGAAAGUUCUGAUUCCUGAUGCUUUUCCUGCUAUUUUAUGAUCCGAAAUUUGUAUGCGUUGUUAUUAGCUGUGUGCACUACUAUAUAUGCUCUUUUUAUUUUUUUGGAUUUUUGACUUUUACUGCUUUUUUCCUGAUGAUUGCUUGCAGUAAAAGGUCUUGGAUUGGUGCCUGGUGUAGUCGAACGUUUUGAUUCAUCUGGCGGCAUAAGAGUACCACAUAUUGGUUGGAAUGCAGUGAACAUCUGCAAAGAAUCUGCAAUUUUGGAUGAGAUUGAAGGCCGUCAUGUCUAUUUUGUUCACUCAUACCGUGCAUUACCUGUAUGAUAUUUCUGUCAAUAUUACUCUUCUUUGCACAUAUUUUAUGUGGCUAAAAGAGUUAAAAUGAUUGGGGUAAAUUUUGUGUAGUCAGAAGCCAACAAAGAGUGGAUUUCAUCGACAUGCAACUAUGGAGAAAAUUUUAUCUCUUCUAUCAGAAGAGGAAAUGUACAUGCAGUGCAGUUUCAUCCAGAGAAGAGUGGAGGUAUUACGCUGCUGACUGUUUCUUGUUAAUCCUUUGUGGCCGUCCUUGAACGCCUCAAGCCCUUUUUUGCACCUUGUAAUUGUACUCAUGCGUUACAUAUUUUAUUCUCAAGUCGUGUGUGGUUGUAUUGGACGGAAAUCAUUUCACUUGUUAAGUUUAUUUUGAUGCUCAAUGUCAGCACGAUUCGAGUUUAUGUUAUUUUUGUUAUUAUUGUCAUAAAUUUCUUGUGACUGGGAUCACCUGGCAGCAUUGAAGGAUUUGAGCUUUUACUUCCGGUUCUACAUUGAACAGAUACUUCCAUCUGAUACAUUUAACCUUCUAAACUUAAAAGCAUCCAAGACAAGAAGCUUUCUGCUCUAUGUUUAUCAAUGCAUGGGUUUUAUAGUCUUCUGACUCCAAGAGUAUGGCCAACUCCAUCUGCAAAAAUAGUUUUUUCAUUGUGAAUAGGCCAAUAAGUGAUAUUUACUGAAGGCAUGUUACUGAAACUAAUUUUCAGAUGUUGGCCUUUCUAUUUUGAGAAGAUUCCUAAAUUCAUAUGGAUCAUCAGUGGUAAAGGUAAGUCGUGUCUAAAUAGUGUGUGCUAUUCCUGAAUCUUUUAUAUUCUUCUUAUAUUGUUUGAUGACGCGGAUUUUUUUCUUGUAAAUAGAGGUCAGGUAAUGGGAAUGCAUCAAAGCUUGCCAAGAGAGUAAACUUCUUACACCUGGAAAUAUUUUCUCAAUAUUGUUUUUAUAGCAAUGCUUUCGCAUAUUGGAAAUGAAGAUGUUUUUCGCCUCAUAUGUCAAAUUUCUGUUUUGUUUUAUUUGGAUGCUUCUCUGAAAAGUAGGUAAUAGCAUGUCUUGAUGUGCGGACAAAUGACAAAGGCGAUCUUGUUGUAACAAAAGGAGAUCAGUAUGAUGUAAGAGAGCAUACAAAGGAAAAUGAGGUAUUCCUUCAGUUUUUUAGAUUCACAAGUAUUCCACUGUUUUAAACCCAAUGACACUUAUCAUCGAAUCCCUUGGGCAUGUUCGUUUCCAAGGUGUCAUGCAUUAAUUUUUAUUAUUUAACUUUCAAUUCUGAAUAUUUGAGUUGGAGGCAGCUGCAGUAUGGCAAGGAAAAUUUGCCAACCACUGCCAGACUGAUGAGAAAUGAAUUAACGAACAAAGUGAAUGCUACAUUGAUUCCAUGCACCCAAUCAUGAUUCAGUCACCCUAAUAUAUCCCUGAUAUAUCGUUUCUGAUGGAGGGAUCAGACUUGAUAUAUCUUGUCAAAUCUGGGGUUUAGUUUUUCACAUUUUUAAAGGGAACUUUUUGACGUGGAGAGCUCAAUGUGAGAGACUACGCACUUGUGAUUGACUUGUUCUCUUUAUGCCCAACGCCAUGAUCUCUUGCAUCUUAUGUGGGGCGGAGACAUUAGAUCACUUGUUUCAUGGGUACUCAUUUUCAUUGGAGUUGUAUCACACUGCAUUACAAAUAGGUACACAGUAGGAGGAUGCAAUGUCAUCCAAUUAUAUGGGCUUUCAAGUCUUAAAUUCUAAUAGUAUUUAUUGAUAAGCAUAAUGCGGCUAAGGAUAUUUACCUUGCUGAAUAAAAUAGCGAAACUAUUUUUUUUUGGUCCCAAUGCAUGAUCUUUUUGCAUCUGUAUUCGUGAGAGAUCUGAGCUUGCCAAGAUUUGACAUCUUUGUGUACUUUUCGAAAUAUCUACUUUAUCUGAUGUUGAUUUAUUGAGCUGAAUAUUGAUAGUUUACUUGAAUGCAUUCUCCUUACUGUUUAAAUGUGAUGCCUAGAUGCCAACUUCUUCGCCUCUUCUUAGAUUGCUAUCAGAUAUUCAUCUUUUUUCUGCUACUAAUCAUUAACGGUUAAGGGCAGUUCUCUGGUCUGUUUACCUUCUGAGAGUGAAAGCAAAGUCCACUAGGCUUAUAGCUCUAUUGUCUCUUUUAUCAUUUACUUCUAGGUAGCCAGUUAUACAAAAAUAAAGUCUGAAGCCUUCAUCGAAUAAAAGGCCGAAUUGCUGUCUGACACAGCUUGGUGCGUGUGCUCAUAUGAUUUCGCUUUACACGUGAUACAUAUAUUUCUUGUCAGGAUUGAGAACCAUUGUCAUGCCAUUUACGAAGAUUUCUUUCGAUAUUUAGUUGCAAGAUUUCAGUGUUUUGUGGGCGUAUGCAUAUUUUUCUCUUAGUUGUUAGAUAUUUAGCAUUUGUAUUUUAAUUUUUUGUUACGAUAUUUUUAAGAUCGUGUCAUUUAAGCAGUUAGGCACUGGACCAUCGGCUUACCUUAAAACCAUGUGAUUUUAGUUGCCUAUUCCCAUGAUUGUAUCAUGCAUUAUUGUUUGGUUUGUUAUCACCGUCAAUAUUAAUUUAUCUGGCUACACUGCUAAGCGUUUUUGGGGAUGCUGUAUGAAGGUGAGAAACCUUGGCAAACCAGUGGAUCUUGCUGGUCAAUAUUAUAAAGAUGGGGCUGACGAGGUAGACGCUUCUUCUCUUUCUGGUUUUAUUUAUUUUCCAUGUAAUUGGUUAUACACUUUACUGAAGUGUCCAGAUUAAACUGCGUUUCAGAUUAGCUUUUUGAACAUUACUGGCUUUCGUGACUUCCCCCUGGGAGAUCUGCCAAUGCUUCAGGUGUGAGCUGCAGCUCUAUCUGUUUUCUACACUCUGAGACUCGUGCAUUUAACUAGUAGAUUGAUCUGAAAUUGCUAAUUCUACUCGUUUUAGAUACUCUCUGAAUAUACUCCUUCAUGCUCCCGACACUGACUUUCAUCUUUCUAUGUUCCUUAGCAUGUAAUAGUGGGCAAUGGUGUGAACCGCCUAGAAAGUGUACAUUAAAGGAGAAAAUAUAGCCUUAGCUUAUCAAAUUGUGUUGUAAAUACUUUUCGUUUGAUAUGCUUUCUAGGUCUUGCGCAAGGCAUCAGAGAAUGUUUUUGUACCACUUACGGUCGGCGGUGGUAUCAGGGACUUCACAGAUGGAAAUGGGAGGUGUGUUUGUGGCCUUUACCAGAAAGAAAGUAUUUGAUGGUGGAUGUUUCUACAUGCCAUAGAUUUUUCUUUCUCUUUGCUCCCAAACAAGUCCAUCCUGUGGAGCCCAUUGAUUCUUCUUAUUCAAGAAUGAUGUUGCUGAUGUCAAGCAAGGUGAUUUAGUAUUUUAAGUUACCGUUGUGCAUUUGUCUUCUGGCAGGCAUUAUUCAAGUUUGGAAGUAGCGUCAGAAUAUUUCCGCUCUGGGGCAGAUAAGGUUUCCAUUGGAAGUGAUGCAGUUUAUGCCGCAGAGGAGUACCUGAAAACCGGAGUAUGCAUAACUACGGCAAUGCCUUCAUUAUAUGUAUAUGAUCACAGAUAUCAGUUGUAGCUACUUUAACUUUUCCCAAUUCGAACCUCAUCUCUUAAGGUAAAGACGGGAAAGAGCAGCUUGGAGCAAAUUUCUCGAGUUUAUGGGAAUCAGGUAAGACUCUGACCACCUGUCAUUUGUAAGUUUUGACGUCGUACCUAGCUGCAUGAUCACAUAGAAAAGUUUGCAUGAUUUUCCAGCCCAUUAGUGUGACUACGAUUGUCAUGAAAAUAACAUAGAUUGUUGACCUGGCCCUGCUUAAAACGAUCAGAUCACUUUACGGAUUUUCUCAGCCCUGAUCUGCAUGGCAUCAACCGAGCCAGCCACUCCAUGUCUGGACCUGGACGAGAAACCCUACCACAACCAGCAGAUCAGGCCGAUUCGCUAGCGAAUUGUUCUGAUUCAUAAGGGAAUCAGUCAGAACCUCUGCAUUGUGCUCACCUGAACUUCAAUAUUGUUUCAUUCACAUGACUAUGCUCACCUGAACCUCAGGGUUGUUAGGGAGGUUUUUACUAACUUUCCUGCAUUGUUUAACAUGGUAUUUAUAAAAUGGUUGGGAAUUGAUUUCAACCCAUUGGAAAUAUUGAUUGAAAUAUUUCUAAUCAAAUUCGAGGCUCAUGAAAUAUAGAACAUAAGAAAUUUCAAAAAUGGAAAGAGUAGAGGCAAAUUGCAUACAUUGAUGUAAAACUUUACACAACUAUCUUACUAGUAUUUAUGCCGAAUGUUGGGUUUGGACUGGAUUCUGACGUUCUGUUGUGCAUAUUCUUUAGGCAGUUGUUGUAAGCAUCGAUCCUCGUAGGAUAUAUGUCAGGAAUCCUGAUGAUGUACAAUUUAUGGUCAUCACGACAUCGACUCCAGGUUCUGUGAUAUUAUUCUCAACUUGUCCUCCUAGUAUCUGUACCGUCCACAGUUGGGGCAUUUUCCUCAUGCUACUUUCCAUCCUGUGAUAGUUUCAGGUCCUAAUGGAGAAGAAUAUGCAUGGUACCAGUGCACUGUAAGUUUUUAUCCAAUGUUUUCCUCUUGACUAUUUAAAUGAUUUUAUGGAACUGUAUGCAAAAGUUUCAUAUUUGGAAAUAGUUUGAAAUGUGCACUGUGAGGUGCCUUCUGCUUAUUAUCUCAAGAUCUGGGGAAUCGUUUCUUUGCAACUUUUGGGGCAUGUUAUCUUGCUAGUUGUUUCAUAAGUUCGAUUGUGCAAUCCGUCUGUGCCUGCUGUUGGCUGGCAAUAUCUUGAGGCUAAGAAAGGCUAGCGGUGCUGGACGGCAGGGAAGUAGGCUAGAGACUGGACCUAGUUUAGGCAGUGGAAGCCAAUGAUAUAACCUGCUAGACGUAAAAUUCAUUGUGAUAGAUGCUUAUAAUUUUUACAGUGCUAACCUGUAAGAAAGAAUAGAACUUAGCGCCUUCAGCAGCUUCUGAAGAGUUGCUUAUCAUGGUUAUAAUUAUGGGCAGGUCAAUGGUGGGCGAGAAGGUCGACCUAUUGGAGCAUAUGAGUUUGCCAAAGCUGUUGAGGAGCUGGGAGCUGGUGAAAUACUACUCAACUGUAUUGAUUGUGAUGGUAAGACGUACCCUCCGACGAACAAAGUCUUUCGCAUGCCAUGUGUUUGUUUUCUCUGUACAUCGAUAUCAUCAAAGGUGGAGGCCAUUAAAGAGACGUUGUGAUGACCAGGCCAGGGAAAGGGCUUCGACAUCGACCUGAUCAAGCUGAUAUCAGAUUGUGUCACUAUUCCUGUAAUAGCUAGCAGUGGUGCUGGUGCGGUGGAGCACUUCUCGGAGGUCUUUGAGAAGACGAAUGCCUCAGCUGCACUAGCUGCUGGGAUUUUCCAUCGCAAGGAGGUGCUAUUCCAUUCCGGUCGUCUCUUUUUCAAUAUCUUUGAGCCAUUAACUUCAAAUUUUAGGCGUACAUUUCGAAACUGCAUGUCAUUCCUGAGGUUUGCCAUCUUGGGAAGUAGGAAAUAUUUUUAAUCAUACAGUCUCUGGGUGUCCUCAUUCAUUUUUAAUAAAGGUUUAAUUUUUAUAGGUUGAUCUAAAGACCACCAAUUAGCAGCUCUCCUUUUUUUUUUCCCCGUACCAAACAUCUUUUUUCUUCUCAGCAUAUCAUAGCAGAGUUUGCAAUGGAUUUCUGGCUUGUCGAAGAUCUUAGUUGAUUCAAAGAAAUUCUCGAAUCGUUUGCCAUACGGAAGCCUCCGUCUGUGAUUGUGGAGACGACUUAGCUUGUGAUGUGUCUCGUCUGUGUGCAGGUUCCUAUUCCAUCUGUGAAAGAGCAUCUGUUCAGGGAGGGGGUCGAAGUCCGAUUGUGA